AUGACUUCCAAGGAAACCCCGAAAAAAGCGUAUCGAGCUUCAAAUUCAUGGAUAGAUUCGACUUCUUGUCGACUUUGCAGAGCUGUGGGCGACACAAGUCGCCGCAAGAAUAUAUUCAAGCCUUCAAAUCGAGCUUUACUCAAGAUUGCCGAACAAAUUUGCGGGCAUCCCAUUGUUUACGAGGUGGAUUUGCCCCAUCUCAUAUGUAGACCAUGCGAGCGCAGGCUUAAUAACACUGUGGAUUUUCAAAAGGUAAUUGUGGAAACCGAGCGGUCAUUUCACCAAAGCGAGUCAAGUCAAACCCGGUUCAAACGCUGUGUCGAUGUUUCGCCAUCUAUUUCCCAACCGCCAAGAUCUCGCCAAGUUACAUGUGCGGCGCCUUCAGCAAGAACUUCGUUGUCGUUCGAUUCUUGUCAAGAAUCCCGUGAGAAUAUAGAAGUGAGUACGCACGAUUUGUCUGUUUAUUAGGGACAAUACUAUAUAUAUAUAUAUAUAUAUAUAUAUAUAUAUAUAUAUAUAUAUAUAUAUAUAUAUAUAUAUAUAUAUAUAUAUAUAUAUAUAUAUAUAUAUAUAUAUAUAUAAUUGUUAUUUGUAUUAAACCACCUGGCAAGUUUUAAAUCGAACUGUUUAUAUUGUCUUGUUAUGCAUGCGAGUUCGCGCAAACAACGCUAAAUUGUUGACGGAAUAAUUUGCAUGCUCUUUUAAAUAUAUGUAAAUUUUAUAUAUUACAGUCAAAAUAUUUACGUAGAUAUAUACAGCUAAACGAAUUAAACUUGUCCUCUACAAAGCUAAAAGGCCAAAACUAUAAAAUGGUCAAAGCCAAAUGCAAAAGUUCGGUAGGAAAGACGUGUUUUGUGUAGCUGAUGUAGUUGUGUCGAAAUUUAAUAUCCGUUUUAUAAUACUGGUAAAUUGAAAUAUAUGGAGAACAAUCAGCCAAGUCAAGCCAAAACUUUGAACAAAAUCAUACUUUUAGCGCUUGCCUUUGACCUUUCAGCUUUGGCAUUUUAGCUUUGUCAAGGACAACCUUAAUUCGAUUCAUUUAGCUGUAUCAGAAUACAACAGAAAUUAUGCAAAAUUACCCCAUAUAAAAAGGACCCAAAUUAAUCAAAGGACCAUUGCUUUUAUUUUAAAAUUGAACCUCAAAUAUAGACUUUUGUGUUUGUGUGUUAAACUAUGUUGUCUUAUAUUUGUCAUAGAAUGUAAGUCCUUUACAAGAUGACCAGAGUUUAAAACAGCAACUCAACAUGCUGCUGAGAGAGGCCAAUAAACAAUUGGUGAAUAUUACCAGAAGAGAUGAGCCAUCUGUGUUGAGAGAUGGAACUUAUGGUGGUUUGUCCCAGGAGACUUGGAUGGUCGAAAUUGUAAAUGAACUCUCAACUAGAUGUCUCGCCAUUGCAGAAAUCCUAUCAAGAUUGCUUGAUUGCUCCAUGUUGGACCCUGGGAAGAAACUACCACCAAUAUGCUUGAUUUAUAGUAUUAUCAUGUUCACACGAUGUCAUGAACUGAGCAGGGUACAAAGGAUUAAUACAGUAACUGUCCUUUUGACUGAAGGAAAAGCAUCAAGUAAUGUAAGUAACAGAUUAACUGGUAUAAAGUAUAAAAGUGAUACUUUUUUACGAUUAAAUAUUGUUAUUGGGCUAUUCCAAUUAUUACUGCACCCCCUGUUGAGGAACCCCUUUCUCACGUCAGUACUCCACUGGAAUUUCCGCAAAUUUUCAUAUAAAAUUUACACCUUCACAUGGAUUUUUCCUUGUAAAUUUGAAAGAUAAUGCACCUCUCCCCUGGAAAUUCGUAUAGAUAAAUGCACCCUCUCCCCUGGAAAUUCCAAGGUUCCUCAACAAGGGUGUGUGGAUAAUAAUUGGAAUAGCCCAAUUUGCAAUUGCCUGCGAACAGGCUCUCAAGCUGAAUUGAGAGCCUGCAUCGAUGACUAAUGAAUUUAAAUAUCUACCCGUAACGUUCGUUUUCCAAAUAUGGAAUGUCUAUCCUUAUAUGGUGUUGUAAAUAGACCGUGCAAACUAAAUUUAGACCAUACAGUUUAUACUGUUUUUCGAAAUAUAAGAUAUUCAAGCAAAAGUUCAAAUGUUUUAAAAUACUGUUUUCUCAAAACAGAACAUUUUGUGCUUUGAGAUAAGACGGCCAAGACCAAUUUGAUCAGUUAUUAAUGUGUUUUUAAUACAUAGUGCUUCAGCAGUUGGCAUAUAUAGAGCUCAGAGGAAACAUAUAAAUUAUAGCAUCUGACCAAAUGAGAAUUUUGCGUCACAAUUUGAGAUGCAGAUAUUCAAAUUCAUUAGUCGUCGAUUCAGGCUUGAGGUAAAAACUGUUUGGCAAUAGAAUAGAUACCUGUUGCCAGAUGGCACUUUAUUAUUUUCAUGUUAUCUAAUGCCAGAUUUCUUCACUUGCCUAGAAACUAUAUGGGUGAAGGGCUACAUAAUGUGAACAAUGACAUUUGCUUCAAGUUGGGAACCUCUAUACUGUUGAGCAAGGGAUGGGAGUGUCAGAUUGGUGCCAGUAUUAUGCAAGGAUCAAACAAAAUAUGUUAUUGUGGAAAACUUAAUUGAUUUUGAAAUAUUUGUUUGACCCUUAUUUUCCUCAUUUAACUUAAGUUCUGUCAAUUAUACAGAUAAAUGAAUUAAGGUUGUCCUCAACAAAGCUAAAAGGCAAGUGGAAAAAGCUGAAAGGUCAAAGGCAAGUGCAAAAAGUAUGAUUUCAUUCAAACUAUUAACUGAAUGUCUUCCAUAUGACUCGUCGUUCCUACUAUAAUUUUCACGCUUUGCUUUGACAUUUCAGCUAGCUUUGGCCUUUUAGCUCUGUAGAGGACUGGACCAUUUAUUCAGAUGUAUAAUUAUAUUAACAUGUACAAUUAUUAAUACAAACAACAAAAAUUACUAAUAUUUAUUUAUUUAUAGUUGUUUGAGCGACUUAACAAGUAUGGGUUCUGUCUGAGCAUUUCUAAAAAGUAUGUGGUCCUUGAUGACAUUGGCAAACAAUUUUUGGACCAUGCUGUAGAAUUGGUGAAGUCUGGAAGGAAGUUUGUAUUUGUUGUCGACAACAUAGAUUGGGAGGAGAAGGUGCAUGAUAUGCGGAAAGUUCACCAAAAUAAGAGCGUGCAUGCAGUUGCAACCAGCAUGGUGUUUACCAGAGUUUCAAGUGACCACCUACCCGAUGAUGGCCCUCAGAAAGAUAUAAGGACUUGCAACUUUUGUGAACUUGUCAGUAUGAAGGAAGAAGACUUGAAGGAGAUUCAAAAACGGUACAGGAUACUGGUAGCUAGAAUCCUGAUCAAGAAGUUUCCAGAGUUUUCAACCUUAAAUCCUACCAUCUGA